AUGGCAGCAAAAAUAAAUAAACAUGUUCUAUAUUUACAGGAAAUUUGGAGUGGCAAUGGUAGGUCAGAAAUGUUCAACCCUCAACCAAGACCAACAAUACAACAACACAAUAAACGUGGUUGCUCCUCACUCCGGUGGGCAAACUUAAGGAUGCUUAUAGGAACCUGGUUCUCAACCGGAUUCAGGACUAGACGCUUAAUCUACUCUUUUACAUUCCAACAUCAGAUGAACAUAACUCGUAAUAAAGCAAUUUGCACUUUAUUUUGUGAAGAUUACAGCGAGGAAAACGUAGCAAGACUGUCAAAAAAGAUAGAAGAACUUGGUUCUUUCGAUGUGUGCUAUGAAAAUGAUCCCGUACGGCCUGUUCUGGUGAAUUUAAAUGCGAUUCGCAAUGAUCCCGUAAAUUAUAAGCUUUAUGUAACUGAAGAAGCACCUGAAGAAUUACCCGAAAGCCCUAUGGAAACAGAAGGCGUCAUGGAAAUAGAAGAAGCAACAUUUGAACUUUCUUCAGAUCAACAAGCAGUUAUGUUUAUAAAUGAGGUUUAUAAGGCUAUUGACCCUCAUAACGAAGCUCUAUAUAUCUAUAAAGAAGUUAGCAUCAAAGAUGUUUACGAUUCGGUUAUUCCAAAAGCUCGACAUAUGAACAAGAAAUCCGAGAUUGCAUUUGCAACUUGGUGCUCUAAGAGAAAAGUCAGUUUUAUGGAUGUGCAAUUCACAAGAAAAAGAAGUAGAGAGGCCAAUCGAAGGUAUAGAAAAGUUUAUGUAAUGAACAAUGAGCACAGAGAUAAUCUUAUAAAAAACAUUGUUACUUCUAUUCCACGCUAUCAAACGCAUAUAAACUCGUUAAAGAAUCAAGAAUGCACCAUUAUUGGGUACGCUAGGAGAUCUUUUGAUCCUAGUGAGAGAAGAAAGAAAAAGAGAUCUUUAAGUGCCAUGGUGCAAGACUUAAAAGAAAGGUCUAUGUGUGACCUGGUCUUUGUGUCAUGGUCUUGCUCGCAUGCCGAUACCUUUGCCUCAAGAGAUGUGCCUGACCGUGGUAGUUUGAUAAAUAGUAUGGGAGGUGUGGAUGGAGAUACUCAAUCAAUGAUCUCUCAUAUAAAUGCAUCGGGAAAAGACAUUUGCCUUGUAGCCAUCGAUUUCAAGGGAUUGUCUACGAACACAGAUGAUUUGCAAAACCUUUUCAAUACCCACAAAAAUCUAGCAGCAGUAAUAAUUGACACAUUACAUCUUGACCACACAUUCCAUGAGUUCAAGAGAGAGGCUGUUUUGAAUGACCCAACAAUUCUAUCGCCUUUUGCUAUUAAAUUACAAACCAGUUGA